AUGGAUAUGCUACCUUUGUACGUGUUUCUGCUUCUCUGUGGCUAUCAUCAGGCAUUGACGGCCGUGCUGAGCAAACAUAAGGAACCAAGAAACCUGUUCACCGAACGAGCAUGCUGCAGACGCCAAAGUCACUUUGUUUUCAUAGGCCAAGACAUCUCGGGAAGCCCAGUGAAUAUGGAUGUAGGGAUAUGUAGGACGCACUGUGGAGACCCUUCAAGAACCCAAACCUUUGAACCCACCCUGCAGGGACACUCAAAACAUAUUUCCAUGUUGGAUUUCCUGAGAAGCAAAAAGAUACGUACGCAACGACUUGCCGCUCCAGAGUUACCCGAAAUUACAGACGGUGUCCCGUCAUGCGGCACGGGCGCGAUUUGCGAGCCCACCGGGAUGCGAGUGGAAAAGAUGAUGCUCUUUGAUGGUCUCCGUGAAGUGGAAAUAAUCGAAGACUGUCACUGCGAGACCAAAAUGACUCAAUGCGUCCGUGUACCAUCAUUGCGGACGUACUUUUUUGAGACGCCUUAUGAAACGGUUAUUGACGUUGGAAAAUGCUCUGGCUCAAAAGGCGACUCAGAGGGCUUUUCGUGUAUGCCCACUAAGUUUGAUUCUGCGCUAGUGGAAACACCAAACCAGCUUGAGCUCAUCCAAACCGUUGCAGGAUGUGAACUAAAAGAGGGCUGCUACAGGAUCCCAUACGUGGAGUAUCACCAUGAGAUCACCUACAGCAAAGAUGGAAUCAAAGAAGAGAGACUCAAGGAAAUAGAUGUGGGCAGAUGUUAUGGGAGCUGUACAACAGGAAACCGCUGUCUUCUCAGGAGUGCAUCCGAUUCCGAGGAGUGCUUGUUGUGGGCUGAGGGACAGGGUACUGCUUGUGUUCCACAAGGUUAUGAAAGCCACAUGUUCCUGAAUCAGCACGGCCAAACCCGCACCAUUCUGGCCAUAACCUCUUGUCUCUGUCAGUCUUAA